AUAUAAAUAUAUAAACAAGUUAUUGUUUUUCCAUAAUUCAUAUUGACAACAAAACACACUGUAUACGGAAAGAAAUAACUUUGUUUCAUACACUAUAUUUUCCCAAAUAAUUUGUGCGACUCGCUGAAGGAUAUUUAGGUUUUUAACCCUUUCAUUCUGGACAAGAUUGAUCAGCCUGCACAUCCAUGCAGUCUGGUCAAGAUCUGCACUGUUUGCCAUUCAGUCAGUAUCUUUUUGUAUGAACGAGUCAGAGCUGCCGAAGCCACCCGGUGCCAUGUCUAUUUUGUGCCUUGUGCCCUUGAAGAGAUGUCUCUGGUUGUUGCCCAUACUGACGUCAGGAUGGCUCUUCUCAUCAUUUUGGACGUCAUAUGCCAUAGCUGUGUCCUACAAUCAAACAGAGCCUGACUUUCCAUACAUCAGCUACACUGCUACAGAAUCACCAGCAAGAUCUGUGUUUAGCCAAAUGGUCAAUAUAGGGGUAGUUUUGUUGGGAAUGAAUGUUUUCCUUAGAUAUCUAUUUUGUAAGAAGUAUCUCUGCAUCCAAUUAACACCACCGGAAGACAAAUGGUACAAAAUCAACUCGGCGGGACUCGUGCUCGGAAUACUGUCGGCAUUCGGCCUCAGUUUGGUUGCUAACUUUCAGGUAGAUGUCCAUCGAAUACCACACUAUAUCGGAGCUGGGCUUGCGUUCAUACUCGGGACUGUAUACUGUUGGUUCCAGACAGCACUAACGUACCAAGUGAGGUACAAAGUCCACAGGAAGAAGAUUGCCCUUGUAGUCCAGUUUAUAAACAGCGUGAUCAUGUUAUUGAUGUUGGUGCUAUUUGGUACAACAAAGCUCAUUUACAAAGUGCAAAAGGCACGGGGGAAAGGAUCAAAAUGGGAUGAAUUACGAAGUAUCUACCUGACAUCGACAAUCACAGAAUGGCUACUGGCUUUAUCCAUAUUGACAUUCACACUCACGUAUGCUCCAGAUUUCAAAAAUAUGAGAGUGGAUGAGCCAGAUAUAUACUUUGAACAAGAAACUGAGAUGAAACAUCCAAGCAAACAUUCAAAGGAAAUGGCCGACAACAAUAGCAAUAUUCCUAGAGUUGAAGAUAAAAAUAUGGAAGAAGGUCUUGCAGACGAAUACAAUAACGUGACCAAAAGUACAUCUGUAGUAUCCAAUGGAAAUACGUGCAAAUUAUGAUGUUGUGAAAUCUAAAUCAGAGAACUUACUCUAGUAUGUGAAUGACAGAACCGUUCCAGUUGAAACUGCGUUUUUAGGAUAUGGAAUGAAAGUAACUUGUGUGGUGAUGUACUCGAUUGCUAAGCUAAGAUAAGCCCUUUAGAAUGUACAUACAGAAUGAGAGAUGAAAUCAUGUAUCGUGAGACAUUGUUAACAUACCUGGAACUGGUGACAUUUACACCGCUAAAACAUUACCCUGACAAAUGAAAGCAUAUGAUAGAUUGACAUAAAGUACUAUUCACAGUACAUUAAAUUUUGGUAAAAAUGCUGUGUAGAUUUGUUGACAUGUUUGUGAGGAAAGAGUGAAUAUUCAGCUGACGAUCAAACAACAUAUGUUGAAAAAUAAUUGAAGCCCCUAUAUAACCACUCUGACAGAGUUCUUGCAUGUUAUUUAUUAGGCUUUCGACUGGACGACGUACCUGUAAUGAUAUCCUAGUUUAUUUGAUACUUGUUGUCUUUCCUUUAAAGUGCAAUUUUAAUCAUUUUUUCUUUACAUGUGUGUUUACCUUAUUUUUGCUAAUAUAAAUAUUUUGUUAAUUUUAUAUAUAGACAUGCCUCAAUAGCUUAAACAAAGUAUUAAUUAAAAAAGAAUGGUAUAUUGAAUAACAUCAAAAAGAGGGAAUUCUCGUUUAGUCUGAUGACAAUCAGAAUGACACUUAUGCAUUUAUUUGUUUUCAUAAUUCCUUGACGUUAAUUCGGUGUCUUUUUCAAACUGUAGCCAUUUAUUGUAUAUCUAUUGGUUACCAAGUAUGUUUUAUUCUAUUAAGUUAUAAUUCGUAAGCUGAAUAAAUGAAUUUGAAACAGGUUUCUGUCCUCAUUGAUUAUCACAGUUUUCAAUAUAUAUUGCAUUAGCUUUUGAGUUAUGUAUACAUAUAUUUUUCCAACUCACAUCUGUUUUAGAGAACGAUUUAAAAAAUUAGAAAAUGACACAAAAAAUAUUUAAAUCUAUUAGUGUUAACAUUUGGGUAUUCUGUACAUGCUUGUCUAAUUCAACGAAUCUCUCACUGGACAAAAUAUAAUACAUUUUUGUACUUGAAUCACAUAUUUGCUGUCAAGUUUUGUAUACAUAGAUAUGAAGUAAAGUGUGUUAUAUAUUA